AUGAUCUUUGGUGGUGCAGACCGGCUUUCUCUCCUUGCGUUCGCAUCGUGCGUCUCGCUUGGUAAGGCAGCAACGCUGCUUACCGGUGGGACAGUGAUCGGUUGGGACACUUCUGCUAAUUCUCUCGAUGUCAUCAGGAACGGUUCUGUGUUGGUCGAGAACGACACCAUAACCGCUGUUUUCUCUGGAUCAUACAAUGGCACUCUACCGGUGGACCUGGAGGUCGUCGAUACCACCAACGACAUCAUCUCCCCAGGCUUCAUCGAUACCCACCGUCAUAGCUGGCAAACGGCUUUCAAGACCCUGGGCUCGAACACGACCUUGAUGCGAUACUUUGAACGAUAUGGAACCGACUCGCCCGCCAAUACGUUUUUCACGCCUGAGGAUGUGUACAUUGGCCAGCUCGUUGGGUUGUACGAGGCCCUGAAUGGCGGUGUCACUACCAUUCUGGACUACCCUCAUUGCACCUGGUCCGCAGCGCACGCUAUGGCCGCGCUGAAUGCGACGUUCGAGAGCGGUGUUCGGACUGAAUUUGCCUACUACUUCCAAGACUACGCGAACUUUACCGUCGAGGGGCAGAUAGACCUCUUCCGCGACUUGGUCAACGAUGCGCGCUUUGACAGCUCGCCUACAAAGCUAGGCAUCUCAUACGAUGGUUUCGCUAGCACCAACAGGAAACAAACGCGCACAAUUCUUGAUCUAGCAAUUGAGAAGAAUGUAUCCGUAGUUUCAACGCACGCGAACGGCGGUGUUUAUGGCGCUCCAAAUUUCCCCGAGGUCUUGCACGAAUUCGACUUCCUCAACCAAUCCAUCCCGAUCGUUUUCGCACAUGCCAGCUAUCACAGCGCGACCGACGCGCAACUCCUGCGACAGUACAAUCACUACAUAUCCACCACCCCAGAGUCUGAGAUGCACUACGGUCAUCUGCACCCAAACAGCCACCUCAUCAUGGACCAAGCGGCUCUAGGCAUCGACACACACUUCACGUUCUCGUCGGAUAUACUGACACAAGCGCGAUUGUGGCUCCAGAGUGUCAGGAAGAUCUUCUACCGCGAAGUCGUUGAUCGACGCCAGCUUCCGGCCGAGAAUCCCAUGUCUGUCAACCAGGCUUUCCUUCUCGCGACUCGCAGCGGAGCGCUCGCACUGCGACGAUCCGACAUUGGUAUCCUGGCACCUGGAGCCAAAGCAGACCUACUGGUAUGGAACGGGCGCGCUCCGAGUGUACUUGGCUGGACCGAUCCGAUCGCUGCCAUUAUGUUGCACGCGAACGUAGGCGACAUCAAGCAUGUUAUGAUUAAUGGAGAGUUCAAGAAGCGAGACUGGCAGCUUACCGUACCUGGGUACACGGCGCUUCAGGAUCGCUUUUUGGAGAGUGCAAGGAAGAUUCAAGAUCACUGGAGGGAGAUGCCGCUGCCAGUUACCGAGGGCGAGGCUGACAACGGGGUGGCUUUUGAGAAGCCGAUGAUGGCAGAUAUAGAGAGAGGUGAUGGAACUGGGUACGGACCUUUGUUCGUGUAG